AUGUCGUUGCCGUCGACAUCUAACGACUCCUUGUGUGGAUUGGACUCGUCCUUUACUGUAAUCCUUGGUACGCAGUGGGGUGAUGAAGGUAAAGGGAAGUUGGUCGACAUCUUGGCUCAGCGAGCUAACCUGUGUGCACGCUUCAACGGUGGAGCUAAUGCUGGUCAUACUUUGGUGGUAGAUGGUCAGAAGUUCGCCUUCCAUCUGUUGCCUUGUGGGAUUGUGAAUAAGAAGUGUGACAACUUAGUUGGAAAUGGAGUGGUACUCCAUGUGCCGACUCUCUUGAACGAGUUAGAGCAGCUUAAAGAUUACGACUCGGAAGCUCUAAAGCGUUUGUAUUUAUCUAACCGGGCGAGCUUACUAUUCGACGCCCACCAGAUGAUUGACGGUAUUCAAGAAUCUGAGAAGAACUCGACGGCUAUUGGCACCACUAGGCGCGGCAUCGGCCCGUGCUAUGCUAAUAAGACGACUCGAAACGGGCUGAGGGUCGGUGAUAUGAUGGACCUCCCCACGUUCGACAGGAAGCUUAGGGAACUGCUGGAAUGGUGUCAGUUGAGAUACAACAUUGAACUUGAUAUAGAAUCUGAGAUUCAACGUUAUCAUGGUUAUGCGGAAGUGUUGAAGGGCCAAGUGGUUGAUAGUGUUACGAUGAUGCAUAAGGCUAUUCAGAAGUCACAGUGUGGGGAAUAUAAUAUACUUGUAGAAGCUGCUAAUGCUACUAUGUUGGAUAUUGAUUUUGGUACGUAUCCGUAUGUGACCAGUUCUAACACGACGAUUGGUGGUGUGUGUACGGGUUUGGGAGUUCCCCCACAAGCUAUUAAGUGCAUUAUUGGUGUUGUAAAGGCAUACACGACUCGUGUUGGAGGAGGCCCUUUCCCAACUGAGCUAUCCGACGAGUUUGGUAUUCAACUUCGGGAACAAGGUCAUGAGUACGGCACUACUACUGGUCGGCCUCGCAGAUGUGGUUGGUUGGAUAUUCCUGUGCUUAAUUUUAAUGUAACUAAGUUGGACGUUCUCAGCGGUAUGAAAAACUUCUGGUNNNNUGAUGGAUUUGCUUCGACACGUAUUGAUGGAUGCUGAGAGCUGGAAACUCCAGGAUCCUAUCACUGGAAAAGAGUACAAGUUCCACUUCGGCAGCUGCGUGUACAACGUCCCCACUGUCGCACAAGGGCAGGAGGGGGAAUGUCCCGAUGCUGGUGUAGGGCCUGUUGAGGUCACCACUUCGAAUGCUCUGGGCGUAUACAUGCCGAUGUACAACGCGGACGGCUCACACUCCUUCUACGGCAUUUUCUUUACCUUCGUGUUGACGUACUUGGGCUAUUUCCUCCUCUUUUUCUCGAUAUGUUGGUUCACGGGUUUACCAAGGAAAUUAGCCAAGCAAUGUCGUAGCCUAGACUGGAAGGGGUGCUGGGCUGGUUGUUGCGCGAUGUGCACAUCUAAGCGCAGGAAGGUUCCCCAGGGUUCAGAUACAGUUUAACAUGGACUUCGUGCGUGUUCACUUUUUGGUCGGAUUAAUAGUCAUUUCAGUCAAUUGUCGUCGUCGAUUUUGAGAAGCCGAAUGUGUGCAUACUCGAGCUCAACGAAUGACGCUACUUUGAAAAAGUUCGAUCAAAGUAGCUGAUAGUUGUGCUUUGCAGAGUUAUGUUUUCUACUCAUAACAGGCAACCUGUUUAUGAUAUCUUUGAUGUUUAUCUAUCAUCUUGCGAAGUAUUCGUCGGUCAUCGCUACUUUCUAUUGGUAGUGUUUACUCUCUUCCGGGAGCGACUGUGUAAUCUUCGUCAUUUGACUUUUUCGUAAAUCUGAGUGUCCAGAUUCAA